AUGAAGGCUUGGGAGAAGAUCGAGAGUUAUACAGUGUACAAUUUUCCGCAGCAUGUUGUGUUGCUCGGGGCGUUUUCGUCUCCUUCGCCUGACGUUCGGAACCAGGGAAGACGGCUCGACCAGCCGUCCUCUUUUCCCCGGAGCAAUGUCCAAGGAGCGUGCGAUGGAUCAGGCCAGGUUCGGUCGUGUCCCUGCGUUGGGCGCAUUGCUUUCAUUCAGAAACAAAUGAUCUCGGAAGAGGACCUCACUCGCCUUAGCAGUCGACAAAGACACAAACAGGACGCGUCCUCCACGGCAGGCGCUGCCGUCUCCGUCGCAGCGGCUCAACCGUCGGAUGUGGAGACGAGGGAAGGCCUGCCUUCCCGUUUGCAACGGGUGCUCGAUCGUGGUUUGGAGUCAGGGGACGCGACUGCGUCCGCGCCUGCUCGUUCAGUCGAAAUUCGCAAAAGUCUUCUCUCUGCGCUCACUGGCCUUCGCGCACGCCUCAGUGCCGGGAAUACAGCGACGAGCGUCACUUCUGUUCGUGCGUCGACUGUUGGUACGCGCGCGGCCUCGUCUCCCGUCGCCCCCCUGCGCAUGCAUCAGCGGUGUGUGGGGUCCUGGGAGUGUCUACUGGAGCUGCGAGAAGAGCUACACCGUCUAGCUGAGCACGCGCAGAGACGGAGGGCGCAAUGGCGCCGCGCGCACAACCAGAUUUACCGACCGAUGCUUCUGCCAGAGCACGCGCCCCCGCGUGUCUGGGCAACGCUGCAUGCGCUCGCUGCGAGGAUCGCGAGCACGAGGGAGAGCUGGGGAGACGCAGGUCGCUCCAGUGCGCGAAUGAUCCCAGGCCCAGACAGCCAGAGCCGCCAGGCCUCUUCGGCGCGCACCCAGCCCCCACUGGAUGGGAGUCGAGGUGCCCACAGUGUCUCCGGCGAGGCACAGGCGGCGGAUGCUCCUGAGACUUCGAUAGAAGAGCGCGGACGGGAGUCGCAGUGGGACGGAAGCAUGGAAGCAGACACAGGAGACAACAGAGAAGGGGACGGGAGUUUGCUUGUCUGUGGGCUGCUUGGUGCCAUUCGAUUUCUCUUGGGCUAUUACCUCGUUCUGGCGACAGACAGUCAGGAGGUUGCAGCCUUGGGCGCAGUCCGGUCUAUCGAGCCGAGAGCGUUGAGACGGGAGGGCGCCGGAAGGGAUGGUGUGGAGACGGGGACGGGGCGCAGGGGGAAAAGGAAGUCUGGCUUCAGAGAGAGGGAGGAGAAAACCGCGAAAGCGUACAUGUUUCUGGAUGGGGCAAGCGACACAGGGACAGCGACACCAGGAGACGGGGAACGCGGCGCUGUGCACAGGGUCUUCACACUCCGUCACGUCGAUCUCCUCCCCCUCUUUUUCUUCGAGUCUUCACAGGAAAGGCCGUUUUCUUCUUUUUGCGAUCUCGUAGAGCCGCAAACUACCGCUUCUGGAGGGGAUCGCGAGAACCUCGCCUCUUCCGCCCCACGCUCUAAAGUCGAGACCGAAGCGAUUCUUCGCUGGCUCACCAAACUGUCGCAAGACGCGAAAUCUGCAGCUCUAGCCAAGAAAGCAGAAGAGCCUUCCGUCGCUUUUCGUCUGGGCAAAAUCGCGGAGUCUUCCGAGCGGACGUGGACGACGUCGCACGCUGCGUCUGGGGAGAUUGACCCCAGCGCCGCGUCGUGUGCCCUCCCGCUCUUUCCUCUGACUGCAGCCCAGCCGUUUGCUUGGCUUCGGCCGACUGCCACUCUAGUCGAGGAGCAUUCCAAACGCGCAGAGCUGCUGGAUGCCGAACGCAGGUAUCAGGAACUCUUCUUGCAGGUUUUUCUUCGUCCGGCUCUCUCGUUCUUCUACGCGCACACGCUGGACCUCACACAGUCGCUGCAAGCACAGGGCCUACACCACGCUGGACGGGGCUUGGGUCAGCCAGAGAGCUGUGAAGGAGCAGAGCCUGAGGGACAGCGAGAGCAGGGAGAACGAGAGGCGCCGAACUCCCGCGAGAGACACCGAGACGAAGAACGCCCCAGAUGGGAAGAGCCCAGGCUGGAGCUCUUGCACGGGAAAAAACUCGAUGCUGUUUUCAACCUCUUUCUCCUCGAACCCUUCGCCGUUUCUUCUGCGGCGGAAGCGCGCGCGCCGUCCCCGUCGCACGCCCUACAGGAUGCAGAGACGUCCACAGACGCUCUCCAGGCGCCUCCGGAAACCGCCGCUCAGCCCGAGGUGUGCGCCGGAUCGUCCGCGUCGCACAGGGGAGAAAACGACGCAGGCACCGCCUCACAGGCACCUCCCGUUUCUCGGUCGUCGUUGCGGAGGCCUUGUGGAUUCGACGGGGCGCAUGCCUACACUGCGGCGCCGUGCAGGGUUCCCCGAGACAUGUCCCCGUGGCUUGUCAUUCUGCAGCAGGGUUGCGUUGUCCAGAAAUUCUUCUCGGCGAAGCGUCCGUCGUCGGAGACGGCGCGGAAUGUUGUGGGAGGAUCCGAACAUCCCGCGUUUCCGGCGGAGUCAAAUUCCCUGCCUCUUGUGCCUCGUGCCGGCUCGCCGCCAGCCUCGCUCGCGACUCCCUCGCUGUCUCCUCCCGCGGCGGAAGGAGGCGCGGGGCCUACGUUGGAGACUCGCGCCGUCUCCGCGCUCGCCAAGGAGACCGCGAAAAGCUUUUCGCCUCGCCCGGAGGAGUCGUCGAGCAGGACCGAGUGUGCGGAAGAGACGGUCCCCACAAAGAGAGAACCUGUGCAAGGCGCAAGCGAGGAGAGAGGGAAGGCAAGUGGACAAAGCCUCCUUUUCUCCUUCGUUAUCAUUGCAAGAAGAUCGAGGCGCGCAGCCGGAGCGCGAUGGUACAGAAGAGGCCUAGCCGUCGCCCAACGGGACGGCCUGUCGUGCGCCACCGCCGAAACCGCACGAGGUUCGACAGACGCAGAGCCAAACGCCGAGCGUCCUGCAUCGGGGAUUUCUGCGGACGAUUCGCUGUCUACGCACCCGCUUCUUGACACCGACCGAGACAGCGCGGUGGCGGCGAACCAAGUCGAGUGUGAGCAGAUCUUGUGGCGUGUGACGCGGCGAAGCGAUGAAAAGCAGGAGCACGACGAUGGCCCGAGCUUGGAGCCCGAUCGGGGAGCGUCUGCUGUCCAGGGGAUCGAGGCCGAAUCAGAGUUUUCGAGAAGUCCGUCUUCCACCGCGCCACUGUCUUCGCCAUCAGCGCUUUCAGCGCGGUCACCGGCUCGAGGGAUACAAGCGUCGUCCUCAUCUUCUCUGCCUUCUCGUUCGCAUUUGCAGUUCACGGGAGACGUCGCAUCCCUGGUCCAGGUGCGGGGGUCGGUCCCUGUGUUUUGGGGUCACUUGCCUUCUCAAGUGUCUCUGUUGCCGUCUUUUUUGCAACACAUCUGCCCGCCUGUGCGCCUGUCGUCUCCCGCCUUGGAUCCACAGUAUCUCCACUCGAAGGACCACUUUGACGCUAUGCACCGUGCGUACGGGUGCCCGAUUUUGUGCCUCGACCUCGUUCGCCAAAAGCCGUGCGGCCACAUGGAGACGAAACUCGCGAGCGCGUAUCGCGAGGCCCUCGCGGCAAUCAACGCCAUGUACAGAGAGGAAGAGCAAGUAGUGUUGCUUCGCCUCCAGCGGGCACUUGGGAGUCCGGAAGACUCGAUUUCGACGAAGCCGUGUGCCGCCUCAUGUGGGGACAGCAGGCCUGAGCGCGCAUCGUGUCGCGUAGAACACCAACCGCCAGCAAAUCCAGCAGAAUGCGAUGCUUCAGAGCUCCACUGCGAGACUCGACAGGGUGUCGGUGGCGACGACACGGCGCGGGAGAGGACGGCAGGAGACGACGGGGAGGAAAAGGGAAGCAGGGCGCAGCGCGAUACCCAGGAAGGCGAGGUGGAAGACCCACACGAGUCAGGAAACAAAGCUGGAGGCCGGGGAGGGAACAACGCGGAAGUGGGCGAGCGAGUCGACGGGGCAGCUCCCAAGGAAAGACGAGGAGAAAGUGGGAGGGAGACAGAGAAGGACGACAAAAAGGGACAGAGAGAAACUACGACGAAUAUAGAUCCCGUGCCGGGGUGGACAGGUCGCUGGGCCUUGGUCAAUCCGACGCCCGAGGGCGACCGAGUUCGCGAACAUACAGUCCCGCUGGCUCCUCCCCGUGGGCCGACAUGCUGGACGGACGAGGGCGUCUGUUUCAAGUGUAUGUACAGCCGACUGGGUGCGACCAGCACGGAUGCGUUUGUGGGGGUUCCCUCUGCUUGUUGCGUCGCGCGUCCAACCGAUUCCCGGAGCGUCGCUUUCUCGCUUGCUUUUGACUCGGCCUCGCCGGCGCUUCCCGCGUUCCGUUCUGUCUUCUCUGCCGCCGAUUCCCCCUCAGAGGCGCAGGAGACGACUUUUCAUGGUCCACCUGCCUUCGUCGCUUCUGCCUCCCUGUCGAACGCCGAUUGCCAAAUUACGCGGGAAAGAGACGGAGACCAUCGUGAGGCGGCAUCGCGCCGGAAGGAUGGUGAAGAAGGCGGGAGUGGUGGCAGUGUGUCGACGUCUCUGGAGACGUGGAAACAGACCGCAGAAGAACUUCACGCGAUGUUGCAGGCCCUGACUCCCAGGCAGCAGUAUACGUGUUGCUGUGAAGUCGCAUACGAAGCUUUCGACUGGCAAGACGCGGACAAGCGCCUGGGGUUCGAUCAGGCUCUUCAUCGCCUCUUCGCCUUGGUCGCCAAGUCGCUCCAGUUCACUGGCUCGUUUGUUUGUUACGCAAAGGCAAAGGGCAGAAAAAUCCAGUCGACCUGUGCGACUCGCUGUGGAGCGGAGUCGGGAGGGUGUGAGAAGCAGAGCAGAGCGGGCGUGGGAGGCGUUAGGGGGAACGAACGAACCCGCCGGAAACCAGAUGACACAAAGGCGAGGGAACCCGACGAGGCGCCGUCAGGAUUCGUAAGUCAGUUUCAACACGGUGUUAUCCGUAUUAACUGCGUUGACUGCCUCGACCGGACGAACCUUGCAAUGCUCGGUCUCGGUGUCGCUGCGCUGUACCGACACCUGACGACGCUCAUUCGAUAUCGGCGGCUUCACGGAGGCGCUUGGCACUUCGCGAGAGAAGGGACACUGGAAGACAGCGCGAAGCAGUGUCGCGCUCCCGACUCCUGGUGGCUUCGAAAAACCCACAGACCGACAGAAUGCAAGCUGACGCGGGACGACACACCAGAAGGAAACGAAGAAACAAACGACGCCCGGAGCGUCUCCCCUUCGUCGUCUUCUUCCUCGCCUGCCUGCUCGUCCUCUACUUCUUCCUCGCCUGCCUCCUCGUCCUCUACUUCUUCCUCUCCUGCCUGCUCGUCCUCUACUUCUUCCUCUCCUGCCUGCUCGUCCUCUACUUCUUCCUCUCCUUCUUCCCGUCCUUGCACGACGCCUGCGUCUGUGUGUGUUCCGGACGAGGAGAGCAGGAAACGGGAAAGCGGCCCGAGGGACAGUUGCGCGCCUGGUCUUUUCGCUUCCUCGUCCCACUCCGGUUGCUCGUCCGUUGACACCGAGUUCGCCUCUACCUCAGACGAGUCGGAGGACGCCGCGGCGGCAAGCCCGAGCGGGGCCUCUACACCAGAGACAGAUCCUGAGCUGGACCCGACCCUCCCUGCGCCUUCAAGGGCCGGCUCAGGCGCCCUUUCGGAGUCCCCCCGCCCUCGUCUGACUCCGUCUUUGUCGUCGUCCUCUCUCCACGCGGCUUCCUCGACGUGUUGCUGGUCUCCUUCGCCCACGCGAACGUCGAGGCAGAGCGUUGCCGGCGCCUCGUCGGCGUCGUCUCACACAUCUGCGCCUGUGGCAUACGGCGCUGCCUUCUCUUCGCUGGAUCCCUUCCUCCAUCACCUUCCCACAAUGCUCCUUCAGAUUCUCGGCGAGGCUUGGCGGGAAGUCGGAGACGCACUCGCGCUGCAGUACGGCGGGUCACCGGCGAUGCAUGCGGCAGAGUUCGCCGCCUCAGAGCUGGCGAAGGCCGUGGAACAGUUAAAGGAGAGACGGCCAGGCGGCCAAAAAGAAAGGCGCGCGUGGAAAGCCAUCAAGAGGAGCAACGUCCUCAUUGCCGUGCAGCGGUAUUUCAAUAACUGCGUCUACGACGCAGACAAGCAGCGAGGCCUGGAUCUCUUUGUCGGCGCGUUCCGGCCUUGGGAAGCCUCAACGGAAAUUUGGGUUGUGGAUCCUGUCGAUCCUUUCUCGUCGUUCUCAUCCUUGAAUCCUCGACCAGCCGUCUCUCCCUCAGCUGUCUCUCCGCCCCCGUCUUUCGUCUCUAAGAGCGCUGAAGGGGCUCCUAGGUCAGGGGGAGACUCCGAAGAGGGCGCGCAAGAAGACGAAGGUGACGGAGCGCAAACAGGGGCGAGCCUGGAGGUGGAGUCUAUAAGUCAACCGCCGAGCGACGCAGUCGACGGCCAGGCAUCCAUCGGACGCGAUGAAGGUCAAUCGGAGCCCUUUCGAAUCGAGGGAGAGGAAGAUUUCUUCGCGAGGAACACGAAUCUGCCCAGCUCAGCGAGGUGCUGGACAUGUACAGGCUUGGGGCUCUGGAGUGCGCCGUAG